GAGGUGCGUCUGUGCCGAUAUGAACGCGUGUAAGUGAGUCUUUUGCUGUGUUUAGACUUUGACAGCGGGACCCCGAGGAAGUGGAGAGACACGGGGGCGAGUGAGACGGACACAAAGGAGGAGUAAGAGAGGGACAGAAUUACAGUCAGUCUCGGUUGACCCCAUACACUGCCAGGAUGUCGAAGAAAAAAGACGCUUCGGUCAAGGUCAUCACCAGGACCCAGCCCACUAAUCUGGCCACGUUGGUCACCCAGAUGCAAAAGAAUGCAGACAUAGUGGAGAAAGACAUCCUCCGGUCUGAGGGACUCUUGGCUGAGGAUGCAGAAAAUGAACGGAAAGAGCUCCCUUUGAAGCAUCAGAAUCAGCUCUGUGACACGCUGGGCGAAGCUGAGAGCCUUCUGAAAGACCUCUUUUUGGACGUGGACAAGGCCAAGAAGCUCAAACAUCCGCAGGCCAAAGAGAUCGAGAGCGAUGUCCUCCACCUUCACGAACGCUGGCUGAAGGACUGCACUUUCUAUCGAGACAUCUAUGAGCAGAUUGAUGACGUGUCACGCAUGCCCAGGAUUGACUGGGCGCCUAUUUUUAAUACAAAGCAGGCACAAGUGAGCAGUAACCAGUAUGGGCCUACCAUCGCAGAAUUGGAGAAACAAAUUGCUUCUCACAAACUCCUGCACCAGGAGAUCGAGGCCUACAAUCCGCAACUGGGCGUCAGCUCUGCCGGUACCAAGGAGAACUACGUGGUCCUCAAGAAACAGUACGGCAACCUUCUUGAAACCUCUAAGUGGCGCGGCCACUACUUGGGCAGCCUUUAUGAGUACAUGCAGGGCUGCAACAAGGAGCUGACUUUCCUGGGAGAGGAGCAGGAUAAGAUCAAGAAGCAGGACUGGAGUGACAGGAUGGUGGAUCCGCCAGAUGUCCGCAGGCAGUAUGAGAACUUCAAGAACAACAGUCUGUUGUUACACGAGAGCGAGGUGAACAAACUCCAGGAUGAAGGAGACAGACUUAUCGAGAGCAAGCACCCUGCCAGCGCUACCGUACAGACUCAAAGAGACGCCGUACGCAACGAGUGGCAGAAGUUCCUUCACUUGUGCAUUUGUCAGGAGACACACCUGGACAAUUUGGAGCAGUAUAAAAAGUACCAACUGGACACAGAGCAACUGUCAGAGAAUCUGGGCAAACUCAACAGUAGCUUGGACCCAAAACUUAUGAACAGAAUGAGCAACUCAGAGAUGCUGCUGCAGCUUGAGGCGGAAGAGAAAGCUGUGCAGGACAGUGAGCAGCUGCUGGCGGACCUGAGAAGGCGCAGCACCACCAUUGCUCCGCUGAAGCAACGUCGUACCAUCCCAAACAGAUCAGUCACAUUGGAGUCCCUCUGCGACUGGGAGUCUAGCAAGGGACCUCUUUCAAGAGGCGAGAAGUGCACCUUAAAGUCGAACCCCGAGAAUGAGAACUGGGACGUUAUAACCAACAAAGGGGUCAAUAACACCUUCCCAGGGGUUUGCUUUGUGAUCCCACCGCCUGAUCCAGAGGCCAUCAACAAAGUGGACAUUUUGGGUGGUGAACUGGGAGACAUUAAGAAGAGGAGAGCCUCGCUGGCAGAAAGCCUCAAGAACCACAAGUCAGAGAUGGCCAGGUCCUUGCAAUCAGCCCCAGUGUCGACGCCCACAUUGGACCCCAGCCUGUCAGCGCUGGGUCUCCGGUUGGACAAACUGAACGCCGACCUGGACGAUUCUGAUAAAGACGUGCUGAACCGCAUACGAUCCCCACUGAGCCGCUCCAACCCCAGUGGAGAUCUGCUCAACAGGCUGAAAGAACAGGAACAUGCUGCCAGGACACUGAAAGGUCUGGAGCAGGAGAAGCUUGCAGCUCGGGAUGAUUUGCAGCCUCUUCUGUCCAAAGAUCCUAAUGCCGCCUUCGGGCUGCCAAUCAAACUCAACAAUGCCGAAAACAAGUAUGAUGGCCUCUCUGGACUUGCUGACCUCUAUAACAAGAAAGCAAAUGCUUCCCUCAACCUCGAGAAUCAGAUAAAGAAGGUGGAUGGCCUCAUCUCAGGGUUUGAGAAUAGGCUCAGUGAAGAUGGACCAAUACUUGAUGUGACAAACUCCAUUCAAACUGCCAGUGACAGCCUUCAUCAACAACGGAAAGCUGUGGCAUCGGCUCAGCCCGAGAUGAGGAAGCUAAGUCAGGACCUAGAGACCACUGAGCAGCUAUGCAGUUCACUACAGCAGGGCUACCAGGAGUUCUGUCCCGACAUCCUACGUCAGAGAACAGAGGUCAAACACCUGCACAACCGCUAUGCAAACCUGGACAACCAGCUAAAGGAGAGAGAGAACAUCUUACAAGAAGCUGCCGCCAAAAACCAGGAGUUCCAAAGUUCAGCCAAAUCCCUCAAUUUCUUCCUGAACAACCUGCCAAAAAACAAUAUCAGCUACAAGGAUGAUGUGUCUUCAGUGUCUGCUCUUUACAACUCGCAGGAGAGGGUGAUGGACGACCUGAAACGGAAAGGCAAUGACGUAGACAGACUGUCCGACCUGUCUCAAGACCUUCAGCUUCUGCUUGGUGAGUAUGAUGCCAACAUUGGCAAAUUCAACGGUACGCUAGAAGAUGCCGGCGCCACGAUUGUAAAGAGACCGUAUACGCUCACACUUGCUGAAUCUGUCCAGAAAGAGGAAAGGGAUCUGGUCAAUCGCUAUGCUGAGGCGUCAGCUGAAAAUGGUCAACGGCAAAUACAGAUGGGCUUGGCCCAGAAUCUCAUGAUGAAAAAUGAUGAGAAAGUUCAAUUGUUGGCACAACAUCAGGUGCAACUGGAAAGCCAGCAAAGGAAUACUAUGGAUCUAAACAAUCUUUCCAGAGAGCUGGAGGAAGAAAGGGAGAGGAGCCUUCACGUUGAGGCUAAUCUAAAAUCCUUCAGAGAUAGGCUGAUGUCACUGAGGAAUCGCAGAGGAGUCGAGCGUGUUGAGGAAAAAGAAGUGCUUCAAUACUACCGUGACCCCAAACUGGAGACAGACUUACUAGAACUUCAGAAGGUACUUAACGAAGAGUAUCGGAGACGGACCAUGAUCCAGAGUGAGAUUGACAUCUAUAACAAGAAAUUUGUCCUCUUUGAGGACAACCUGAAAAAUUCUGCACCAAAACUCUUGACGAGAGAAGUGACAGAGUUUGAGAAAGACCCUCAGCUGGAUAUCGAUGCUGCCAUGCUGAGAGAUGAAAUAUCAAGAUUGAGAGAAGACAUCCGACUGAGAAGCUCGGAGUACAUGCAGAUAAAGUCCGAGUUUGAGUUCCUCCAACAGAAGAAACCACUUAUUAAAGAGAGGGUGGUUAAGAAGGAGGUACUGAAAGUCGAAAAAGACCCAGAGAUGAUGAGAUCCGUGCGGAAAUUUGAGACCGAAAUUUCGGAAGAGACGAGCAGGGUUAAAAUGAUUAAUGAUGAGGUAUUCCAAAUGAGAAGCCAGAUUAAUGCCCUUGAAAGAAUGAUUCCAAACAUUCAGCCUAAGAUCAUUACAAAGGAAGUUAAAAAGGUCGAGCAAGACCCCGAACUCAUCGCAGAAUCAAAGAGGACUCGGGUAUCGGUGGAGAAUGAGAUCAUGGAAAACAACUCCUUGUCCAAAGAGCUGUUUAGCCUCCACAGUCGCUACAGGGAAGUUCAAGCUCUGAAACCAAAAGUUGAGAUGAAGGAAAUCGUUAAUGAGAUAUUCCGCAUUGAUCCAAACACAGAGGUCGAAAUUUUACGUCUGAGGAAAGACAUACAAGAUGCCAAUGCGCAGCGCUCUGUCAUCGAUAGGGAUAUCGCAAAGAUCGGAUCAGAGGUGAAUUUCCUUCGAUCGCAGAAGCCCAGGGUAGAAACGAAAGAAGUUCUUCAAGAGGUGGUGAAGGAAGAAAGAAGCCCUGAGAACGUGAGAGAGAUUCAAAGGUUAAAUGAGCAGAUUAACAUCAUCCACAACAAUUACAACUUCUUCCAAGACCAGCUGAGGAAACUCAGGAGAGAGAGAGAUGAAUGGAAGGUUGAAAAGUCCAAGAUCGAGACCAAAAUCCUCACCAGAGAUGUCAUUAAGUAUGAACCGGAUCCUCUGUUAGAGAAAGAAGCUGACCGUCUGAGAAGAGAAUUGAGGGAUGAAGCGCAAAGGCGACGUUCAACUGAGGAGUUGGUGUUUGACCUGAAGAACAAAUACAUCUUGUUGGAAAGACAAAAACCGGAGGAGAAAGUGGUUGUGCAGGAGGUUGUACGUUUACAGAAGGACCCGCGCCAAGUGCAUGAGCACGAGAGGCUGAGAAGGACCCUGGAUGAAGAAGUGAUGACUCGACGUCAGAUCGAUUUAGAGUUUCAGCAACUAAGAACAAAGGUGGAAGAGUACGAGAGGCUCCUCAGAGCAAGUGAUGAGCAUCAAAAGAGGAUCAUAGCAGAGUCCGAACUCAAGGAACUCAGAAUGCGGAUCCACCAGCUGGAACACGCGCCGCCUGCGGUUUCAGAAAAUAUUGUUGUUGAGGAGGUACUGAAAGUGGAGAGGGACCCAAAACUUGAGAGGUUGACAAGUGGCCUGCGCUCAGAUAUGGAUAAGGAAACCAGUGAUAUCCUGCGUCUCCAGAGGGACAUCCGUAACAUCACUCUUAGGCUUGAGGUCCUCCAGAAAGAAAAGUCGGUUGAAAAGAAAGUGUACAAAGAAGUUGUCCGUGUUGAAAAAGACCAAGCUGUGGAAGCGGAGAGGGAUCGCCUGAGGGAACAGGUCUCGAAGAUGAAAUUUGGAAGGCAGGACAUUGAGAGUCAAAUCAAACGCCUCAGUACUAGAACAAGCCAUAUGAUGUCUACCAGGUCUAGCAGCUCAAGAGAAGAAACGACCCUAACAAUGAACAGAGACAACUUACUGAGGGAGAAGGACAACCUGACUCGUGAACUCAGGACACUGGAGACAAAGAAAAACGACAUCAACUUGUCUUUCGAGCAGCAGAGCAGACUCAUGAGUGAGAGAUCACAGAUGAGCAGGAACAGAAGCAUGAAGAUGGGUUCUGACGUACAGCAAAUGGAGAGGGAAAUCAUGAGCGAGAAAGAUAAGAUCCAUAUGCGUGACAGCACCAUUCGCGAGCUCAUGCUGAGCCUGCAGAAAGAGGAACAUGCUGAAACCAGGACCAAGGAGACCAACGUGUCCACCAAAAUCACCAUUCUGGAUCCAGACACCGGCAAAGAUAUGUCUCCUUACGAUGCUUACCAGCGGCGACUAAUCGAUCGCCAACAGUACAUUCAUUUGCAGGAGCUUGAGUGCGACUGGGAGGAGAUUACUUCCGUGGGACCUGAUGGCGAGACAUCCGUACUGCUGGAUCGAAAGAGUGGCAAUCAGUACCCAAUUAAAGAUGCCCUGAGGGAUGGCCGACUAACACAGAUGGAUUUGGAGAGGUACAAACAAGGCCAACUCCACAUCUCAGAACUUGCCUUGCUGGUUGCCAGCGAAGGCAAGUCCAAGGCCCAGUUCAACUCAUUUGUCCCAAAUGCCAACACACCAUUGAAUUCGGCCUCAAUUGACUAUGCGGCUACACAAACGUAUCCAAUUGCUGGAAUCAUGGAUACACACACUAACACCUGCUUCACAGUACGCAGCGCCGCCAUGCGUAAACUUAUCGACGCCACCACUGCCCAAAAGCUGCUUGAGGCUCAGGCGGCAACCGGCGGCAUCAUUGAUAUCACCGCCAGAGACAGACACUCGGUUCAGAAGGCAGCUUCCAGAGGCCUCAUUGAUGAGAGUCAGCUCCAGAGGCUCCUCAACGCUCAAAAGGCCUACACCGGGGUGGAAGACCCAGUGACCAAACAGCGUUUGUCUGUGGGAGAAGCCAUCCAGAAAGGUUGGAUGCCAAAGGAAAGUGCAACAUGGUACAUGGAAGCGCAGCACCUGACCGGAGGUCUGGUGGAUCCCAAUAGCAACAGAAGAAUAAGCAUCUUGGAUGCCAUUGGAUCCAAAAUGAUCAACAGCAACAUGAUGAGAGAUAUUCAGUCUGAAAUCAAUUACAAGAAGGAUAUCACAGAUCCCCUCACCAAGCAGAAGAUCAACUACAAACAAGCCCUGGAUCGCUGUAAAAGAGACCCCAACUCUGGCCUUCUAAUGUUGCCGGCCUCCUCCAAAGAGUCGGGCUACACUCCAACGUACAACAGAUAUGCAAGAUUCUAAAUGUGUUUACACCUUAGCGAUGUCUGCUCUGUAAGGUAAUAGAUGAGAAGAAAAAAAUCUGCCAAUAUAUUUGGGAUCAUAUUGUAUGAACAUAAACGGUGCAUACAAUGUGCCUUUUUGAAUCAGGCAUGCUUUCUGUCAAACCCCCAAAAAUGCUGCCAAAUUGUCUUUGUUUACCAAACAUGUCAGAUGCGGGCAGAUGUUAUUAUGAUUUAAGUAGAAGAAUGUUACAAAGGAAGUAUCUACCUGAUAAUAUUACUACUGUGGAAUACUGGGACAUGGUGCAAUGCUAAUUCAUAUGAUUAUGUAUUACUGUGGGCUCUCCUUGACACUGUUCACUUUUAACUCAGUCAAUAAAUUUAAAUUAUAA